CGUAUUUUGGUCACGUGACCAUUUCAACCGCCAAAAUAAUUGUCACUUUUCGCCGACUGACAAUUGACAAAUUGAACAUCGUGGAAAAUACGUUAGAUUUUUUGUGUUUUAUGUGCAUUUUUACGGCGAAUCACGUUCCGCAGCGUUUAAAAUCGAAGGUAAUCGUUACAAACAUGGCAAAGGUGCACAUUACGAACGUCGUUGUGCUCGACAAUCCGAGUCCAUUUCUGAACCCAUUCCAAUUUGAGUUAACCUUCGAGUGCAUAGAAGAAUUGAAGGAAGAUCUCGAAUGGAAGAUGAUUUAUGUGGGUUCCGCAGAGACUGAGGAGCAUGAUCAAGUUUUAGACACGAUUUACGUUGGUCCAAUCCCCGAAGGCAGACAUAUGUUUGUUUUUCAAGCCCCACCGCCUGAUGUCACACGGAUACCAGAAAACGACGCUCUCGGCGUCACAGUAGUGUUACUAACGUGUUCUUACCGCGGCCAGGAGUUUGUGCGAGUCGGUUAUUUCAUAAACAAUGAAUACAGUGAGACCGAACCAGAAUUACGCGAAAAUCCGCCAACCAAGCCACAGUUUGACAAAGUAGUGCGUAAUAUCUUAGCUUCGGAGCCUCGUGUGACAAGAUUUAAGAUCAACUGGGCCGAGCCUGACGCAGCGGUGGCAUCGGAUUCGGGUGACGGAAAUUUGGAGACGUCACACGCUCCAAGCAAUGAUUCUUACGGAGCGAGCUUCAAUGCGGACAGUCAGAUUAGCGGAAUGGAGUUUCAGGGCAGUUUAAGUGGUUAUGGAGACAAUUCGAACUCAAUAGCGCCUAUGGAGUGCUGAGAUUACCAAAUGAAGUAUAGUGAAAUACGAAGUGUGUGAAACACGAUUUAGGAGUGUAUAGACACUGUAAAUAAAUAAAUGACUGAUUGAUACCAUAUAAUAUACAUAUAUUUUUAUAAUAUUUGUCUAAAAUAUAGACCGAUGUGUUAUACUUUUUGCCGAAACUUUGACAAAUAUACAGUCAGGAAGAGUACAAUACCGUGUAACUAUUGAUAGUAAACUCCUGCAAGUAAAAGUCUAAUUGAUAUCAGUGUGUUAAAAAUAAAAUAUACGAACACCAGUUUUAACUCUUGUGUAAAAAAUUUGCUAUUUAAUACUCACACUUCACAUAUCCACCUGGAUAGCGACCACAGUACACAAGACGUUAAAACCUGUCAUAGUGGCCCACGUACGUGUUACGUGAUGGGAUCAACCUGUGUAUAUCCGGUUCCGACAGGUAUAAUUGUGUUGACUACUGAGGGGUAAUCAUCUCUCAGUCGACAUUCUAUUGGACCACACUCCACUUACCAACUUCAAUGGAGUCAUUGUACUGUGCCUAUAAAAAAAAAUGUUACUAACAAAUGCUAGUUAUGCAGUAUUGUAUUAUCUCAGAUGAUAUGCAACUAUGAAUACAGAGAAUUCAGCUAUCGCUAAGAUUAUUGAAUGUGAUAUAGCUUGAGAAAUAUUGUGGAAAUGUUUAUAUUUUAGACAAAUGAUAUAAAAUUAAAUAUAGAUAUGUGCAUCUUUAUAAAUUGUUGGUUUUUAUCAUACAUCCAUUAUAUGUUAGAGGUUCUUUCUGUAAUUAAAUUAUUAGAAUGAAGUAUUUGCCUGGAUGGCUUGUGAAUAGUUCUUAAUUAAAUUAUAAAAAUAUAGUAUUUUUCCAGAUAGCUUUUGACAUGUUUUACCAGGAUAAGCAUUUUCCAGAGAUAAAAAGAGGCCUUAGCACUCAGAAAAAAACUUCCUAUUUGUGAAAAAAAAAAACAAUUCAGUUCAGAAUUAGCCCCUGCAAUCAACAAACAAACUCACAAACUUUUUCUCUCUUUUAUUGAUGUAAGAUUCUUGUAAUUGUGGUAUUUUUGGAUUUUACACAUGACAUGAAUUAAUUGUAGUUUUUCCUCUUUGUUUAAUGAAACUAAAUGUUUCGAAUGGAAAUAUGUUUAAAACAAUGAAAAUGUAUGUUUCUGAAUAUUGUAAGAUCUGGGAUCAUAGUCAAAAAGCCUUUCGCAAUCAUAUACCCUAAUAGAAAACAAUGUAUGGAAUGGACAUGAAUCACUCUUAAUCGAAUUUCGUUCAUGUCGGCCAAUCUAAACGGAGAUCAUCCACGCAGGAGAUAUAGUGCAUGAGUGUGUGCAAUACACAAGCACUCUCUGCUCCUUCUCAUAGUCCAGUGAGACGGCAAUCCAACAUGACCGGAGAGAGAUCAGCAGGACCAACGGCAAUGACAACCAAAUGACAGACUUAUUGAAUAUUAUUUUCAAUAUAUUUUUAAUCGAAUUCAAGAAAAGGGGGAGAUUCUCAAUUUGAUAGUUUUUUUUUAUACAUUUUACCUCAGAACUAUUGAACAGACUGGGUGAACCGAUUUUAAUGAUACUUUUUUUGUUUGAAAGCUUGCGCUUCUUGUGAUGUCCCAUAUAUUAAAUUUAAUAGUUGUUGGACCCCUGACCUUGGAUAUACAUCAGAAAAUUCUUAAAAUGAUGUCAUCAACAUAUACUGAUUUUAACCAAUUUUAAAAUUGGUAAAUAGUAUAUAGGUAAUAAUUAUUUUUUGGUUCUAAGCGGUUUUUGAAGGCGGUAUCAUUGUUUUCUAUAAAGGUUAAUGAUUGUAAUAAGGCGUCUUUGCUAUGGCCUCAGGGAAGUCGUCUAUAUCCAAGUAUUUUUUAAACGCUCUUUUACAGUAAACAUUAUAUUAGCAAAAUAAUUACAGAAUACAAUUUUAAACAUUUUUUUUGACAGCCUCCAACCAGAGUUAAUAAUAGAAUAAUCUCUGCCAGCCAGCCCGCGUAGCCGAAUACUUCCGGAAACGGCCGACGUCAUCGGCUAGGAUAGCGGCACGUAACAUAUUUUUAUAGCGCAAUUCAAGUAUUUUUAAAGAUGCACUUAUCUAGUAUCGGUUUUGAAUGUACUAACUUAGUUAAUAUUUUGAUAUUGUAAGCCAAGUCGGUGUUAGAAAGGUGGGACUGUAUGGUACCAAAACAAACUAUGCAGUUUGAAAUGCCGAGAAUAAAUGCAGAUUUAAUUUCGACUCUUGUAAGGUAAUUAUAUCUAAGCGACAAAUGUGCUGAAUAUUUAAUUAUUUCUUAUGUUUACGCGAAUGUUAGUAAAAUGAAACUAUUUUGCGGAUUUUAUUUUGCGAUUUUUAUAUUAUAAUUUUAUCCUUUUUAGUUAGAUAUUGUAACUUUGACUUUUCGGAUGACCAAUACCUCAGUCCGCCCCGUGACCACGAAAGCUGAGAAGUCUUCGAAACGUCGCGUCGGCAUAAAAUUAUAAUAUAAAAUUCGCAAAAUAAUUUUAUUUUAGUACCGAAAUUUUGUUAAAUAAAUAUUUGGAAGCGCCAGAUUUUUCUGCAUUGUUUUAUCAAACUUUUGUAAAGCUAUUUUAUUACCAUUACACUAUAUUUUAAUUUUUAACGAAGUAAAUAGUUUAAUUAGCAUGAAUUUUGUUAUAAAAACCAAAACUUUAAUUCACUCUGCUUAAAAGUGUAGUGAUUGUCGCUUAGAUAUAAGCUUUACAAGUUUCGAUUUGUGCGUUGUAUAACCAGUUAUUUUGGAAGCUGAGAACAAAUGUCGGAUUUAAUUUGUUACUAGACAUACUAACUACAUCGUACUCUUAAUAAAAUAAUGACCUAUUUCAAAAUUGAUAAUUUGUGGCAGUCGUCAGAAAAUUAAUUUUUGUUUGCCACCUUUUUUUUCGAUGUUAUAAAAUUGAUCUUAUCAAAGAUAGGUAAACAAUGAAACCUAUAGCAUGAAAAAAAGGGAAAAAAAAUAAAAGGUCGCAAACAGAAAUUGCUUGUUUGACGAUUCCCACAAGUUGGCAAUUUUGAAAUGGGUCAUUAUUUUAUUAAGAGAGCGACAUGAGAAACCAUCUCGCACACAUUCAAACAGGCCGCCAUAAUUGUGUCCACUGGCGAGGGAUGAUCAUCUCUCCAGUCGACACUUUGGAGGUUGCUCCACUUCGUCAGGUGCUGUGGGGUGACUAUCGUGGCCGUACAAAAAAGCAUACAUUAAGACAAAAGUGCUGGUGUAAAAUGCAUCUUCUUAGUCAAUAUUAUGUUAAUAUUGAUAGCGGCUUCUUUCCUAAACCUGUAAAGUAUGUGAGUGAUCCGAAAGUCGGCUAGAAAUGAGCCCCAGCACAGGAUAUUUCUGGUGUCUUCAUAGGCUGGUUGACUAUAUGGACUACAACCUAUCGUAAUGUAGAUGCUGGCCAUCUUGACGCCAUACUGUCCUACCACAUCCCAGACCGGACCUUGGCGGUUAGAUCAUAGGUAUGCCAGAAUAUAUCCGCCAUCAUACGAAUAUUAUGCUGAGACCUGUGUUAUAAGAGAUAUCAUGUAAUGACUGCCGUAUUGAAAUACUUAAUUAUUUUUGGAUUUUUAUCGCGGUUUUUUAUAUUAUAUUUUCUCUCGAUGUUUCGAAGACUGGUCUGAUUGAGAUGUUGUUCGUCUGAAAAUUCAAAGUUACAAUAUCUACUUAAAUUUUAUAACUACCUACAUUGCAUAAGACGUUGGGAGAAAAUGAUGUAAAAACCGCAAUAAAGUUCCAAAAAUAGUUUUGUUUUAGUGUCUAAUAAUCUCGUAAACAUAAGAAAUCAAAAUUGUUCAAUUUAAAUAAAUAUCCUCAUUGCUGCCUUCGGGAUCGAGAGAGAAAUGGGCCAAUCAAAAUAGAAUCUUUGACAAGCUUACCAUGAGUUAUUUUGAUCAGGUUUAUAUAAUUAUUGAGAAGUAACAGUAUGAAUGUUAAUGUAUGAAACAUGUAAAAAAUACUAAUCUCCAGGACGGAUCUUUUUUUUCUUAAUGCGGGCACUGCAAUGAUCCUGCUGCACUUGAUAGUAAGUGGAUUUGGGUCCAAUAGAACGUCGACUGACGAGAGAUAAUUGCCCCUCGGCAGUCGACAUAAUUAUGCCGGCCUGUUGGAAAUGUAUAUACGCAGGCUAAUCUCGGAACUCGACAAUUAUAUUCUAAUAAGAUUUAUAGAUAGGUAUUUAUAUUGAUUAGUAUUAUCGUAAUAAAACUGUGCGCGAUUACUGAACUAGCGGUGAAUUUCAAUAAAAGUUUCACUUCAUUUCGGAUCAAUGGUAAGAAUAAGACAAUUAUAAUAUAUCUGUAAGCAUGUCAAAGAAACUUUCUGAUUGGUCCAUUUUCGCUGUCGAUUUGAAGAAAUGGUAGAUAUCGGGAUCAUAUUGAAACCAUCCUUAUAAACUGUUUUGUAAUGAGGUUAGCCCAGCGUCGCUUAGAGCAGAAUGUAAAAGUCAAUUUACGUCGCAUUUAUUUUGUGCAUAUUCAGCUCGGUUCCUAAUGGACACAGGUGCAUAGAAAGUGUAAAGCAGGCGAGUUAUGCGAUUCGACGCGUGUAGUCGAUGCUGGGUAUACGUUUUGUCUCACGGCGAUUUGUAACAGCUGUUCGCUCGAAAUCUAUUGGACAAGGUACAACGAACAAGGUUUGUUAUUGCCGCCAUUUUGAAACGGCAGGAAUUUAAAAUGUAAGAUUUUAUUUAAUUCCAACGCGUGUAUAUUCUAUGCUGUAUCUCUAUUACUUGCGUUUUUUUUUUUUUAAUUUUCUGCUUUCAACAUGGCUGCUUGAGUUUCCCGCCAUUUUAAGAUGGCGGACAAAAUUUAUUUAAAUGUUGACUGAGUACAAGGAUUGUUAGAUUAUGUGCUUUGUAUAAAUAACUUGUGAUCGUUAAGUAUAGUAUUUAAUUAUGUAUAAAUGAAAUUUCUCAUUACUAAA